CUCGUGCGUUCGCCUACAAACCUACAAGAUGGAGAUGUCGAUAGAGAGUUGGUUCAAUCUGCACUACUACGGGUUCGGGCACGGUGCGGACGGUGGCGGGUACGAUGACGACGAGGAGGAGGAAGAAGAUGAAAGCGAAGCGGAGGAGCCAACACCGAAGGAACCGAUCGAGGAAGUCGACGAUCGUGAGUUUCCCUUUCACGACGAUGUGUUUUACAUCAACCUGAAGGGGCCGCGUGUUCGUACCGGCUUUGACAAUCUUCCAAUGGAGAUCUUGCUGAACAUAUUUCGCUUCCUCAAUGGGGUGGAUCGUGAUGCGGCUGCCCUCACCUGCAAACGGUGGUUCGAUGCGAUGGGCUACCGAGAGUUCCUGGACGAGGUGUGUUUCCACUUCGAGGAGGUUAGCAUCUGCGACGGGACGCCCCCGAUCGCCCUCUUUCUGCGCAGCUUUCGUCACUUUUCCAACAUCAAGCUGACGCGCGUCCAGUUCAACGGGUACUGCGAGUUCUGGGACGUGUUCGGGGAGUAUCUGCGCGAGAUCACGUUCUGCAACUGCAUCACGCUCACAAAGUCCAAGCUGACGAUGAUACUGAAGCGGCUUCCGUUUUUGGAGUGCCUGGCGCUGGAGGAGGCGGACGAAUUCUUCAAAACAUGGACCCCGGUUGAGCUGAAGCGUAUCGAGCCGGUGUGCCGAUGUUUGCGCAAGCUAGCACUGAGGAAAAGCAAUGCGUUCACUGUCGAUCAUCUGUACUAUCUGGUCGCGAUGGGACCGAACAUUAGUGCGCUAGAGAUUUCCAAGUGUCUGAAGCAGAUCGAUGCACCGACGCGGGUCAAGAUACUUACCACCAUUCUGACGAUCAUGAAGAUGCGCAAGAAGAAGCUGCAAGCGGUCGACUUCAGCUACACCAUGUACGAUGAUCUGUUUCUGAAGCAGUUUGCCGAGAUCGAAAACAUGUCACUGAGUCAGAUCAGUCUGUCCUUUUUCGAGCGGGCGCCGAUCAAGGAUCCGGGAAUUAUUGAUAUUUUGCGCUGCCAGUCGGCGAUCGUACAUUUGGAUCUGUCGUCGUUUUUGAAUCUGACCGAUUUUGCGCUGAUUGAGAUUUCCACCUCACUUCGGUUGCUGAAAACGCUCAAGCUGAAUGGCUGCUGGUUGCUGACGGACUUUGGCGUCGAAUCGAUCUACAAGCUCGAUCGGCUGCAGGUGCUCGAUCUGUCCGACUGUGAUAAGAUCAGUGAUCGUGGGUUUAUGAAGGCGAUCGUUGACCGGCGACGGGAUUGUAUGAGCCAGCUGUACCUGAGCAUGCUGCCGGGGCUGACGGAUAGUGUGAUCUUGAAGAUUUGUCUGACGCUGCUUAACCUUACCGUGAUCGACUUCUGCGGUUCGGAUUGCAUGAACGACACCUCGGUACAGUUUCUGUUUUGCUAUCUAAAGUGUUUGCGUAUUUUGCGGCUGAAUGGAUGCGUUAAGAUUUCUGAUGCCGGGCUUACGGGAGAAAACCUACCAGUAGCGGUGAUCGAGAUCUGGGACACGCAGACCACAUUCGCCAUCUGCGAGCUGCGCAGUCUGCAGGAGCUGCAGCUGUCCGGGUGCUUCAAGGUGACCGAUUUUACGCUGACCCAUGCAUUCCGCUUUCGAGAGCUGCGUGAACUCAAUCUGGCACAUUGCGUGCAGAUAUCCGAGCCGGGGAUUGAAGCAAUGUCCCUCAACUGCCCUGCGCUGGAGCAAAUCGAUAUGAGCGACUGCUUCCACGUGAACGAUCGGUGUGUGGUGGCACUGGCGAAAAAUCUCGUGCGGCUUCGUUCACUCAAACUCGUGCGCCUUCCGCUGCUUACGGUUGCCAGUGUGGAUGCGCUGGUAGAGUACGCGAAGGCGCUGCGGUACAUCAACAUACGCGGCUGCCCCAAAGUACCGAAGGAUGCACCGGAGCGGUUGAAGAAAAUUGCCACCCUACGUAAUAUACCCAAGUGUUAGCCGCUGUGUGUCUGUGCUCUGUGCUGUCCCAUCGUGGUUAUUCGUGUUCGUGGCCAAGCGUCCAGUGUUUAGUGUCGUUUGUGUCCUG